AUGGAAGACGCGCUUUCGGUGUAUACGCGGCCUUAUAAUAAGGAACAACCCGUCGUCUGCCUGGACGAAAAAACCAAAGAACUUCACGCCACGCCGCGUGGUCGGAUUGCCCCGCAACCCGAAAAGCCCGCCCGCGAAGACUACGAAUACAAGCGCAACGGCACGCGCAAUUUGUUCCUUGCGGUUGAACCGUUGCGCGGGUGGCGCAAAGUGCGGGUGACACAGCGGCGAACCGCGCUGGACUUUGCCGAGCAACUACGGCAGUUGGUCGAGGAAGAUUAUCCCCACGCCAAGCAGAUUGUUUUGCUCACAGAUAACCUCAACACCCAUACGCCCGCCUGUCUGUAUGAGGCGUUUGCUCCGGCGCAGGCGCGAACCAUUGCCGCCAAACUGGAGUGGCAUUAUACGCCCGAACAUGGCAGUUGGCUGAACAUGGCAGAAUGUGAACUGUCGGUCUUGGGCAAACAGUGCCUGAACCGGCGCAUUGCCGACGCCGACACGCUGGAGCGCGAAGCGGCAGCGUGGGAACGCGAGCGUAACGCGCAGAAUGUUACGAUUGAGUUUGUCGGGGAGAAGCCGAAAAGGAAAUCUAUCGGGCUUCGCUCCCUUUGUAAAACUUGUGUUCUGCGGGAAAAGCCCCGCGCAAAACAAAAAAAACCGCCUGCCCGCCGUUUUUCACGCGCUUUGGAGACAAAUACGCCUGCCAUCGACCUAUCCCACCGUCAGCGAGUGUAA